AUGGCCACAUCUCUGCGCAACCUCACGAUCGCAACACAACGAGCGACUCUUGCGCCAGUCGCAACCCUUCCCUCGAGCUGUGUAACGAGUCUACCGGUCCCGCGAGCGAAAGGCCUCACUUCACGACGCUCAAACUCCACAAUUGCAUGCCGGCCACUGUCCCGAUCAUGGCAGAAACCACGAAUCCCAACCGUCCAGUCCGUAUCUAGGAAUCCCCACGCUUCUCGAUCGCUGGCAUCAGCAUCAGAUUCAACUUCCAAAUUCACAUUCGGGAUAUCGUCCUCCUUCUCGGCGAAAGACCGACGAUUCAAUCCCGCAAAGAACGUCUUUAAUUUCAACCCCUAUAACCACAUCCUGGCGCGACGGAAAGACAAGAGUACACGUCCGGACAGCGGCCAAGAUGCCUUUUUCAUAAGUCGCGUAGGAGAGAGUUCGGAUGUGGCCUUUGGAAUUGCAGACGGGGUGGGAGGAUGGGUAGAUUCGGGGGUCGAUCCGGCGGAUUUCUCGCAUGGCUUUUGCGAUUACAUGGCACAUGCGGCAUAUACACACAAACCCGACGUAGGGAAACCGAAUCUGGGCGCGAGGAGUCUCAUGCAACGCGGCUACGAAGAUAUCUGCGACGAUGGGUCCGUACGGGCGGGAGGGAGCACGGCAUGUGUGGGCAUCGUACGUGGGAUUGGGAAACUGGAGGUUGCGAAUCUGGGAGACUCGGGGUUCGUUCAGCUGAGACUGAAUGCGGUGCAUAGCUACUCGGAACCACAAACUCAUGCGUUCAACACGCCGUAUCAGCUUUCCAUUAUACCCAAACAGAUGCAAGCGCGACAGGCGGCGUUUGGGGGCCAGCAACUUUGCGAUAUGCCAAAGGAUGCGAAUGCUUCACAGCACGCCUUGCGACAUGGAGAUGUAUUGGUUUUUGCCAGUGAUGGAGUUUGGGAUAACCUAUCGAGACACGAUGUCCUGAAAAUCGUCUCUAAAAUCAUGGUUUCGGCGAAGGCGUGGGUACAUACAGAAAAAGGAAUCGACGUAGGACCACAUAUAAGCAGUUUCAUCACAACCGAUGACGGAAGCAGUGGUGAUGAAGAAAUUCCUCCAUUACAAAGCUUUCUAGCCGUAGGAAUCGCACACGAAGCCAAAAUGGCCAGUGUAAACACAAAGCUCGAUGGCCCAUUCGCCAGAGAAGUCCAGAGGGAAUACCCGAAUGAGAAUUGGCGGGGUGGAAAGGUGGACGACAUCUGUGUUGUCGUAGUUGUGGUAUGUGAGGAGGGGAAGUGA